AUGAAAACAUGCCCUAAGUAUCCGUUGAACUUGUCAACUGACCCCACCCAAACAAUCUUGACAUUUUUAACAACUCAGGGAGUUGGGCUGGUUCCAGCAAGUUCUAGGUUUGAUCCUGUAGGUUUUAGAAAGGGGUUAGCUUAUUUUAUCAUUUUGGAUGAGAAACCCUUUAUUACAGUUGAAGGAGAGGGGUUCAAGUACUUUUGUAAGCAAAUGCAGCCCCAAUUUUCUAUAUCGUCAAGGAGAACCAUAGCUAGGGAAUGUUUUCAAUUAUAUCUUGAUGAGAAAGUGAGGUUGAGGGCAUUCUUUAAAUCUGAUUGUGGUAGGGUGGCAAUAACAACAAAUUGUUGGACAUCUGUCCAAAAUCUAAACUAUUUGACCCUAACUGCCCAUUUUAUUGAUAGAGAUUGGAAUUACCAAAAGAGGAUUAUUAGCUUUACCGUUAUUCCAAAUCACCGUGGUAGAAUGGUUGGUAAGAAGGUAGAGGAAGUAUUGAAGGAGUAG